AGCGAACAGUGAUCUGCCUGUGUGCUCUAACGAAAGAAAUCACAUGAAACAUUGCAUUAUUUCAGAGUUUCUGCUAUGAUUUACAUAUCAGAAGCCCGUCACUGCUAAGAGUCUGCAAAGGAGCUGACGUCGGUCAGCUGUCAGGAUGACCAUCACCAUGAAGACAAAUAAGUCGUACAAGCUGGUGGUUCAUAAGAAAGGCUUUGGAGGAAGUGACGAUGAGUUGAUGAUGAACCCGAAGGUGUUCCCCCAGGUGUCGCUGGGGGACAUCGUGGAGAUCGCUCACCCAAACGACGAGUACAGUCCUCUGCUGCUUCAGGUGAAGAGUCUGAAAGAGGACCUGCAAAAAGAGACCGUCAGCGUUGACCAGACGGUGGCCCAGGCCUUCAAGCUGCGCGCCUACCAGGACGUCAUCAUCAACAUCGUGGAUCCCAAGGAUGUCACUCUUGACCUGGUGGAGCUGACCUUCAAAGAUCAGUACAUCGGCCGAGGAGACAUGUGGAGGCUCAAGAAGAGUCUGGUCAGUACUUGUGCAUAUGUGACUCAGAAAGUAGAGUUUGCUGGCAUCAGGGCCCAGGCCAGUGAGCUGUGGGUCAAAGGUGAAAAGGUCACGUGUGGAUACAUCAGUGAGGACACCAGGGUGGUGUUCAGGUCCACAUCAGCCAUGGUCUACAUCUUCAUCCAGAUGAGCUGUGAGAUGUGGGACUUUGACAUCUAUGGAGACCUUUAUUUUGAAAAAGCAGUCAACGGCUUCCUGUCAGACCUCUUCACUAAGUGGAAGGAGAAGAACUGCAGUCACGAGGUGACAGUGGUCCUAUUCUCCAGAACCUUUUAUUCAGCGAAAUCCAUGGAUGAGUUUCCUGAGAUCCUGAGGGGUUCUGUCAGGCAGGACCACGAGGGACGCUUCUAUGAGGACUUCUACAGGGUGGUUGCCCAGAAUGAGAGGCGAGAUGAGUGGACAUCUUUGCUCAUCACCAUCAAGAAACUUUUCAUCCAGUACCCUGUUCUAGUGAGACUCAGGGGGGCAGAUGGUUUCCCGUCUGGUCAUAACUCCACAGCAGCUCAGGGGAACUACCUGGAAGCCAUCAACCUCUCCUUCAACGUGUUUGAUAAACACUACAUCAACCGUAACUUCGACCGCACGGGCCAGAUGUCGGUGGUCAUCACGCCAGGAGUCGGGGUGUUCGAAGUGGACCGACUACUCAUGAUACUGACCAAACAACGCAUGAUAGACAAUGGUAUCGGUGUGGACCUGGUGUGUAUGGGAGAGCAGCCUCUUCACGCCGUCCCCCUCUUCAAGUUGCAUAAUCGGACGGUGCCAGGCGACUCCCGACUUGGAGAUGACUAUAACUUACCUCACUGGAUCAACCACAGCUUCUACACGUCUAAAAGCCAAGGAAGCUGCAGCUCUUUCACCCCUCGGAUAAAGCUGGCAGGACGCAAGGUCCAUGCAGAGAAGGCCAAGAGCAGCAAGGAACAUUCUCUGGGCGCCCCUAAGGAGUGUGAGAACAGCCUGCCCAUCCAGGUGGAUUACGACGCCUAUGACGCCCAGGUGUUCCGGCUGCCAGGGCCCUCAAGAGCCUCACGAAGCACCAACUUCAGGUCUAGUCGAGAGCGUGAGACUAGCGGUCGUAAGAGUUGGGGUUCUGCGGAGGCGAGUGGCGGGGGACCGGGCACCGGGGGUGCGUCUCCGCCGGCGAGGGGGGGCCCUGGAGGGGCAGGCGGGGGCCCGGACGAGCAGCGCAGCCUGGCCUCAGACGACAGCCUGGGCCGGGUGUCAAACAUACUGCUCAUCCCCCGUGCUCCCCCAGCACAGUACGAAGUCAGCAGCUCACUAGGUUACACCAGCACCAGAGAGAUCCUGGAGAAGAUGCUAGAGUCUCAGCGUGAGUGGAGUGCCCCCGGCAGGUUCACGGUGGGAAGUGCGGAGUCGACGCUUCACGUGCGGCCGGGUGGCUACACGCCCCAGCGAGCGCUAAUCAACCCCUUCGCACCCUCACGCAUGCCCAUGAAGCUCACCUCUAAUAGGCGACGAUGGAUGCACACCUUCCCUGUCGGUCCGUCGGGGGAGCCAAUCCAGAUCCACCACCAGACGCGGCAGAACAUGGUGGAGCUGCAGGGCAGCGAGCAGAGAGACCCCGCCCACACCUCCGCAGAGCUGCUGGAACUGGCCUAUCACGAGGCCACGGGCAGGAGGACUGUUUCCCGGCAUGGUGGAGAUAACGGGCUCUACAUCAGCGGAGGAACUGAGGAGUACUCAGCCAGUCCUGCAAGCAGCAUCAGCACUGGAACUCCGAUCAACCGCCCGUCCUCUUUCGAAGACUUCUCCGGCCCUGACCCAACCCUGCUGCUGUCUGCCCCCCCGACAGUGCCGAGUUUCUGUUGCACGGUGGGGGUGGACUGGAAGUCUCUGACGACCCCCGCCUGCCUCCCCCUCACCACCGACUACUUCCCUGACAAGCAGUCGCUACAGAACGACUACACGGAGGGCUGCUACGACCUGCUGCCACAUACGGACUUGGACAGGCGUGAUGAGGAUGCUCCAGUCAUGACGGCUCCGCAGGUCUUCGAGGAGUUCAUCUGCCAGAGGCUGAUGCAGGGCUACCAGAUCAUCAUCCAACCAAACGCCAGGAAACAGGCCCCGCCCACCUCGGCCCCGCCCCUCAGCAGCAGCCCACUCUACUCCAGAGGCCUGGUGUCUCGGCGGCGUCCAGAGGAGGAGGAGAGCGUGUACUGGCUCAGCAUGGGUCGAACAUUUCACAAGGUCUGCCUGAAGGACAAGAUCAUCACAGUCACACGAUACCUGCCCAAGUACCCGUACGAGUCUGCCCAGAUCCAGUACAGCUACAGCCUGUGCCCUCCGCAUGCCGACGCCCAUUUCCUGUCGUGCUGGGUGGAGUUCAGCCACGAGAGGCUGGAGGAGUACAAGUGGAACUACCUGGACCAGUACAUAUGCUCAGCCGGAUCAGAAGACUUCAGUCUGAUCGACUCAUUGAAGUUCUGGCGAACACGUUUCCUGCUGCUGCCUGCGGGGGGCGGUGCGAGGCGCGUUGCCGACGGCGAUGGCCGCUGGGACGUAUACGGCGAGGGAUUCGGGGCCGCGAGCUCUGAUUGGGCGCCGCUGGACGGCUUCAUACGCUUCCUGGAGGGACUGAACCGCAUACGCCGACGACACCGCUCUGACCGCAUCAUCAGGAAAGGGGCGUCGGCCAUGAAGGGUCUCCAGGUGACGGGGCCGCUCUCCCCCUACCCCCCCGAGCCCAUGGCGCCCCCUCUGGGCAAGAAGGGAACCUCCGCUCUCUCUGCACUGCUGGAGCUGGAUCAGAAGUGUCUGGAGGAGCAGCAGCAGCAGGCUGCCCAACAUGGUGGUAAGGCUGGCGGCGCGAUCAGUGAAGCGUCCACCGUUGCCAUGGCUACAACCUACGUGGACAGCCCUCGCAAGGAUGGCGGCUUUCUUCUGGAUUUCAUCCGGAGCCCUCGCUCCUCCUACAUGUCGCGUGACCUGCAGAUGCCGACUGACCAACCAGCAGCCAGUGUCGCUGAAUCGGGGCUGACUGACAAGGCGAUGAGCCAAUCAGCUGCUGCUGCCACCACUCAGGCCGGCGCGGACACGGCCGCUGGAGUUUCCACGGAAACCAGUUCUUCUGGGGGACUCCUGACUCUGUCCUCCGCCUCCACCCUGAUGGAGAUCCUGGAGGCCAUCAAACACCCCACUACGGGAGUCCAGUUGCUAGCAGAGCAGAAGGGUUUACCCCCCAACAGCUUCAUUAGUGCGGAGGUGGUACACUGGCUCGUCAGCACCGUGGAGGGAGUGGACACACAACUCAUGGCCGUUGAAAUCAUGCAGAAAAUGCUGGAUGAGGGUCUGAUAGCUCACGCCUCAGGAGAUGCCAUGCGCACGUUUGUUUACGGAUUCUACUUCUACAGAAUAGCCGCCGAGAAGGACGGAGACAGGACCCCCUCUACUCAGCUAGCUACAGGUGGCGGUGGUGUGUGGUCGACGGCGGUGCUGGAGGACUUCGCCCUCUUCCAGAGGAAGUGGUUUGAGGUGGCGCUGGUGCUGGAGGAGCGCCGGCCCUGCGAGCUUCCCACCUUCCUGUUGCCGUGGCUACCAAGCCGCCCGGCGUCGUACGCAAGUAGGCACAGCUCCUUUAGCCGCAGCUUUGGAGGACGCAGCCAGGCCGCCGCACUGCUAGGUGCUGCCACGGUGCCGGAGCAGAAGACAGUCACCCUGGACGUUGACGUGAAUAACCGUAGCGACCGUACGGAGUGGUGCAGCUGCUAUUACCAUGGCAACUUCUCGCUGAGCGCCGCGUUUGAGAUCAAGCUGCACUGGAUGGCCGUCACCGCCGCCGUGCUCUUCGAGAUGGUGCAAGGUUGGCACAGGAAGGCGGCGGCGUGUGGGUUCUUGUUGGUGCCAGUGCUAGAGGUGCCCUUUGCCCUGCCCUCGUACCUGUACGGGGACCCCCUCAGGGCACACCUCUUCAUCCCACUCCAUAUACAGUGCCUACUCAGGGAGGGCUCCGACAACCUGUUCGAAGGGUUCGAGCCAGAGACCUACUGGGACCGUAUGCAGCUCCUGCAGGAGGCCAUUCUCUACAGGUUUGGAUUUGUCCAGGACAAGUUCUCUGCUUCUGGCUUCAACUUCCCCUCGGAGAACAAGCCCCAGUACAUCCAUGUCACAGGCACAGUCUUCCUGCAGCUGCCCUACUCCAAGCGCAAGUACCCGAGCGGUCAGCAGAGUCGGCGGCGGCGGAACUCAACGGCGUCGGCGUCCCAGAGCCUGUUUGGCGGCGAGGAGCGGGUGGGCUACUACUGGGCCUACAACACCAUGCUGACCAAGGCCUGGAGGACCGGCCUGCUGGGAGACGAGCGCCUCGGGGAGCGCCUGCUCAGGGACUUCACCGACUUCUGCGCCAACAAGGACAACCGGCUCGCGGCCUUCUGGGACAGCUGCCUGGACAAGAUGAACUCCAGCGCGCCCUAGUGGUGUGGGGUGGAAAGUGCAGAUACAAGUACAUGCUGUACAUGGUAGGGAAGACAGGUUGGGAAGGAUGGAAAGAAAUGAUGGAUGGAAAUAAAGGAUGGAUGGAUGGGAUAGGAUGGAUGGAUGGAUGGAUGGAUAAAUGGAUAAACUUAGGAAAUAUUGAUAAAUAAAUGAAUGGAUAGAAUAUGUGGAUGAAUGGUUGGUUGGAUGGACAGAUGAAUGGAAUCCUGGAAAGAUGGGUGGGUGGAGAGAUGAAUGAAUGAUACCAAUGCAAGUGCUCUUCUCUUCUGCCCUGCUGAAUCCUACUCUCCAAUAGAGUAUGGACACACACACACGUAGCCAACAGAUAGCUGCCAAACAUUGAAAACACCUCUGUGUCUGUGAGGGGGGCAGUUUGUGUGUGUGUGUGUCGUAUGUGUAUGUAUUUGUGAGAGGGGGCGCCAUAUCAGUAUUAACACGUAACAGUGAAUAUGCAAAAGACUCUACAGGAGUUUUUGUGCACUAUUGUCGCUGUCUACUGUAGUGUGUGUGUGUGCAUGCGUGUGUGCGUGUGUGCAUGUGUAUGUGUGUGUGUGUGUGUGUGUGUGUGUGUGUGUGUGUGUGUGUGUGUGUGUGUGUGUGUGUGUGUGUGUGUGUGUGUGUGUGUGUGUGUGUGUGUGUGUGUGUGUUGCUGCCAUGUUGCCUGCUGAUGGGUUGGGUCAUGUGACUGCCUUCAGCCCCACUGCUCUGCUGCUGGUUCACCUGGACCAUGUGACUAAUGACUGACUGACUGUAUGAUGGACACCUGUAAUUAUUAAAUAAUUAUGAAGAUCAAUGAA